ACAGACUCACCUGAGAUGGAUUCAGCUGAGGCUUUGUUGAAUCAGCUGGGCUGGCAUCAUAUGCAUCACUUGUUUGCUCUAAUCUGUCUUGUUGCUGUCAUCUAUAAAGUAACCAUCUUGUACCUCCAAAGAAGACAUGCGCUUCGAGGCACUGAAGAUUUUCCAGGACCACCGACACACUGGCUUUUUGGACAUUUUAACUCGCUUAAACGAAAUGAGACAGAAUUGGUCCAGUUUGUGGAAUGGGGAAGGCAGUACUCUUACGCGUUCCCAGUGUGGUUUGGUCCCUUUGUUUGUUUCCUCAACAUUCAACAUCCAGACUAUGUGAAAACCACAAUGGCAACAACAGAGCAAAAAACUGAUUUGAUAUAUAGGUUUGUGACGUCUUGGAUUGGUAAAGGUUUAUUGGUGUCAAAGGGUCAAAAGUGGUUUCGGAACAGAAGGCUCUUGACCCCAGGUUUCCAUUAUGAUGUUUUGAAACCAUACACUAACCUGAUGGCAGACUGUGCUGAAAGAAUGUUGGACAAAUGGGAAAGUUAUGCAAACACUGGCGAGUCCUUUGAAUUGUUCGAACAUGUGAGCCUUAUGACACUGGACACCAUCUUAAAGUGUGCUUUCAGCUACAGCAGCAACUGUCAGAAUGAGAGUGGAAGUAAUGCAUACAUCAAGGCAGUUUAUGAGCUCAGUUAUUUGAUUAACCUGCGGUUCAGGAUAUUUCCAUACCACAAUGACCUGAUUUUCUACCUCAGCCCACAUGGUUUCAGAUACAGAAAAGCAUGUAGAGUGGCUCAUGAUCAUACAGAGGCGGUCAUAAGAAAGAGGAAAGAAGAACUAAAGGAGGAGAAGGAGCUGGAACGCAUACAGACCAAAAGGAACUUGGACUUUCUGGACAUCCUUCUCUUCGCAAGAGAUGAGAACCAGCAGGGUUUAUCAGAUGAUGACAUACGAGCAGAAGUGGACACCUUCAUGUUUGAGGGCCAUGACACCACAGCCAGUGGCCUGUCUUUCAUCCUCUACUGUCUGGCCUGCCACCCAGAACACCAGAAGAUGUGCAGGGAGGAGAUCAUUCAAGCCUUGGAUGGCAAGGACACCAUGGAGUGGGAGGAUCUCAGUAAGAUUCCAUACACCACAAUGUGCAUAAAAGAAUCCCUUCGCCUUUACCCUCCUGUACCAGGAAUAUCCAGACAGACCACGAAAGCAGUGACCUUUUCUGAUGGAAGGACUAUACCAAAAGGUUCCAAUAUUUCAAUACAUUUGUUUGGGAUUCACAGAAAUGCAACUGUCUGGGAAAACCCUGAUGUCUUUGACCCACUGCGUUUCCUACCAGAGAAUGCUUCCAAGAGGUCGCCUCAUGCAUUCAUUCCCUUCUCUGCAGGGCCAAGAAAUUGCAUCGGGCAGAACUUUGCCAUGAAUGAGCUGAAAGUGGCGACAGCCCUGACACUGAGGAGGUACCAUCUGAUCGAGGACCCCACCCAGAAACCCAAGAUUAUACCAAGACUGGUGCUUCGCUCACUCAAUGGCGUCUACAUCAAAAUCAAAUCUGUAGACCCACAAGAGUAAAGGGAAAUUUCUGUAGGAAAUGCUAUAAACCUGGAAAAUACAUUAAUCAGUAAAAUAACUUUGUGAAGAGUUAAAAUAUUUUCAUUUCUAAUAUCCUAAAAAAAACCAUAACACUAUAAAAUCUCAUACAGGUAAUUAAGAAAAGAUCAACUGUGCAGUGUUUUAUUUAGUAGCUGAAUAUGUUUUUGGAGAAAUUAGUUGCUAAAAAUAAGUUGUACUUGUAUUUUAGGAUCAUUUUGUCCCCUCAGGGUUCCAAAUCUGUCUGUGGGUCAUAACGAGGAGAGACCUGUGAUUAAAUGGGGUGAAAGUAUUGGAGGUAAUAAGCCAUGAUUGUUGCAGCUUUUAAUUUAUCUACUUAUAAUAUUGCCUUCUUUCUGAUCCCACCCAAUGUCCAAGUGCGCCACAGGUGCACCAAGGUUGCCUGAUUGUGGAAUUACCAAAGGUGUAUUUGGCACACUCCAGACACAUUUGGCAGCGUGCAUUUGACUGUGAUCUGGCCACACCACUUGGUUCACCACAGUGUCUUCUGGUGCGCACAGAAAGUGGAGGGGACACUGACCCCCUUUACUGGCCCCAGUGGUGUUAUUAUGGAUAUCUACACUGGAUGUUGUCCACCACUCAGCCCUGAGGUUCCUAACAUAUGAUUCCUACAGCACCCAUCACUGUCACCUUUACCAAAAGGUUGGCUGGACACAUUUGGCUGUGAGGCAGGAACAGCAUUGGUAUUUGUUCAUUUAUAAAGCUUUGAUAUAUUGCAUUCCUUUUAACCCUGGCCUCCCAUAAUCUUGAUACUCAUUCACACAAUAGAUUGUUGUUUCACACUGCCGAAAUCAGAACUUAACAGAAGAAUGUCAUUCUCUUACAGUGCUCCUUAUACAUGGAAUCAUCUGCAAAAGACCUUAGACUUGGACACUGCCACCCUUAUGGCUGAUUAAAUGCCUUAUUUCUGACCUUGUUUUAAUUGAGUGUCAAUGUUUUCAACUAUACAUCUACACCUUAACAUAUUUAUCACCCUGUAUUUUUACGUUAAGCAAUUAUUUAUUGUUUUGAAUGAUUUCAUUUCUGUUUUAGCUGGU